AUGAUGGAUGACAGUCUGACCCAGGGUACAGCUUCCACAUCUGAAGCUUGUCAUUUUCCACAGGAAUCGCCCUUGGUGAUCUGGUCUCCUACCUGUAGCAGAUGGAAAGUGUUUCGUGGAGGAAACUGUGGCUUGGCCAAGAAAUGUGAUUAUUUUUUAUGGAAAUUCUUGAAGCCCAAUACUCCAUUGGAAUCUCGGAUUUCUAAGCAGUGGUGUGAAAUUGGUUUCCAAGGUGAUGAUCCUAAAACAGAUUUUCGAGGAAUGGGACUUCUGGGCCUAUACAAUUUGCAGUAUUUUGCAGAAAGGGAUGCUGUAGCAGCUCAGCAGGUCCUCUCUGACUCUCUUCAUCCAAAAUGCAGGGAUAUCACUAAAGAGGAAAUAAGCAAAUUCAGCAAAGCAGAAUGGGAGAAGAAAAGGAUGGAUAAAGCAAUUGGGUACUCAUUUGCAAUUGUGGGCAUCAAUAUAACUGAUCUGGCAUAUAAUCUACUGGUGAGCGGAGCUCUAAAAACUCACUUCUACAACAUCGCCCCAGAAGCUCCAACACUGUCUCAUUUCCAGCAAACAUUCUGCUAUUUGAUGCAUGAGUUUCAUAAGUUUUGGAUUGAAGAGGACCCCAUGGACAUAAUGGAAUUCAAUCGUGUGCGGGAGAAAUUCCGCAAGAGGAUCAUAAGACAGCUGCAGAACCCAGACAUGGCGUUGUGCCCACACUUUGCUGCCUCAGAAGGUUUAAUCAACAUGUAGUCACCCGCGCUGGUUUUAACGGAUACCCUAGAACACUGCCUCAUUGUCGUGUUAGAUCCUGCUUAGGUCCCAGCUCACACACACUGAAUGCACAGUGAUUGUAUGCAUGCCUUCUGGUACAGUAUUUUCACCUCUUGGUCAUAAUUACCAGAUCCCCAGAUACCACUGUUUCUGGAGUAUCUGUCAUCCAGUGACCGUUCAUAUUGUGGCAUUAUGCAAUGUUACAUUUGCCUUGACACCCAGGUAUGGAGAGAGUUUUCUAUUUUUUUAGAUUGUUCUCCUCCCCCUCAUAAUUCAGCACUGAAGAACUGUAUUUCUCUAGCUGUAUUUUGUAUGCAAGAGAUUUAGCUGAAUCUUGUUCUGUGAAAGCCUUUUAAUUUACUGAUAUGUUUCAUGACUACUGCUGCUAGCUCUUCAGGCCAGGUUCAUGCUUGGAUCUCACUCCACUAAAGUGUAUGACUUUCAAACAAUACAGACAGACACAUGAUAAGCCAAACCAUUCCUGCAAACACAGCCGCGCCUCAUGAAAAUGUAACAAGGCUUACAAGAAGCAGAUUUAGGUAGGUGCUGUUUUUGUUUGAAGAACCGCAAUUAUAUUGUAACUUCCCCCAGCUGCAACUGUGUCAUAGUCAUAUGGAUACCAAAUAAUUUUAUUCCCAUAAUUUUACUGGCUUGGAUACCUAAAUAUGUUUAUGAUGCUUGGAGCCUCAGAAAAGAAGUAUGCAUACUUCAAAAACUGCAAAAGGUUUUUCACUGCCUGCCUCUUGCUGAACUCAGAGUUACACCCUGGCAUUGUUCUGAUCCAAGCAUCUUUGCUUGGGGAACUGAGUGCUGACUGGUUUGUUUUCAAUGUCAAGAGGUUAUAUCAAAAAACAAUUUGCAAGAAAAUGUGUUGCAAGAGAGGGACCUAAGCUGUGUCCUUCUAUAAUAUUUCUUGAAAAUAAUGACCUUGUCUUGUAUCAGUGAAAAAAGUAAAUUGCUUGGAAGGGAAAAAACAUCAAAUCAUUCCAAAACUGCUAAAAAUCAUUUUAAAAACCAUGAUUUAGUUUGGAAUUAUGAUUGUAGUCUGUUGAAUAGUAUUUACCAUGGCAUUUCAUACCCAUGGUAUUUUAUACCUUCUGACUAUCAAUUUUAGUAUUAUUAGACAUUUGUGUGAUCACUUGCUUAUUUAAAUGAAGUCUGGGUACUGCCUAACUGUCAGUUAUAUGAAUAAAUUACAUGUCAUUCUACUGUAA